AUGUCAUCACAAUCAAGAAAGAAUUGGUCUCUCGAAGUAGAAGACGAGGAAAUUAAAAAACUCUUUUCAAUCUAUAACGGGAAAUACAAUUUAAUCGCGAAACAUUGUCGUAGUGGUAAAUCACCAAAGCAAAUCCGCGAUAGAUAUGUAAACCACCUCGAUCCAAGUAUCGAUAAUUCGCCGUUAACAUUUCAAGAGAAGAUGAUUAUACUGAAGAUGGCCAAAGAAUCUCACUCCUGGAGCAAAAUACAAAAAGCCCUCCCAAACCCUGGUAGGACAACGCUCCUUUUGAAAAACUUCUACCAUAAUGCUAAGCGAAAAAAUCAGCAUCUUAGAACGAACCCUAUGGAUGUUGAAUUAUUACUAAAUUAA